GAUAAGAACUGACGUUUGUUUGCCAACGGAAAAUAUAAAAUUCGUUAAAAUUCUUUGCGGUUUUUUACAACAUGAAGAUAAAGGACAUUUUAAUGGAUUUUCUGACUGCUAAGAUACGAAAUAUUUGAUUUCUCGUGUUGAAUUCAGUAAUGUUUAAAGGCGAAUACCAGGGUGGACCUUUUGUGGACGUGUUCAGUGCACAAGGACGGGAUCCGCUAUCAAAGAAGUGUAAAGUGACUGGUAGUUCAACCAAUAUACACAAAGAAUAUGACAAAGAUAUCAAAAGCUAUGUUUAUGUUUUAGAGGGUGAACCAACAACUACUAAGAUACAAUUUCCCAAAGAAGAUAAACAUGGAUUAUUUUUAACCCAAAAAUACUUGGUGUUCCAGUUAUUUCUCCCUGUUGGUCGGCCAUUUUCAUUUGAGGUUGCAGUCACUGACCAUGCUCAAAACAAACACCGCAUAUUUUUCUCUUCAAAUCUAAGAGACAUAUCUGUGACCCCUUUGCAUGCAAAAUUCCCAUUGGCUGUUCUCAACCUCGGUUCAUGGCUCAACAUGUGUUUGGAUCUUGAUUCACUAGUCAGCGAAACAUUCAAUGGACCCAAAUUUCGGGCGAUAGAAAGCUUCACUGUGACUGCAAACUGCAGAUUGAAAAAAGUGUUCACAUUAAGAUCACCUCCAAAAGAUACAACAUAUGGUCAAAAUAAUGAGGUGUCAUAUGCUGAUUCUGAACCUUUGCCAAGAAAUCUACAGUUGAUAACUACUAAUGUAUCUGUCAUUACACAGAUCCUCUCAUAUGGUAAACUGCAUUCUAAACCUAACGAAAAUCCGACCACACCAAUAACAACACCAAUAACAACACCAUCGACUCCCGACAAAGAAACUCAUAUUGCGUUUGGCACAAAGAUUGUUAUACCCGAUCAUGCGCGUAAGAACUCUGUGAAAGAACACCACGAAUCUAAUAAAGUCUCUUCCAACAAUUCACGUCUCUCUUCAUCAAGAAAAAGACAUGGACAAUCUGCCCCAGGUGUGCAAUACGACGAUUCAAUUAAGUCUCCUUUGUCCCCCAAAGGAAGCCGAGAGAGCAAAACAGAAUCCAGUGAUUCUGGUCCAACCAGUAUUGAUGCUGACCAGGCUAUUAUGCAACCCAGACCCCCAAGAACUAGCUCCGCAGGAAAAAUCAGACGACCUAUUAGACUAAAACCAUCCAGUGCCGGAAAAGUAAGAACCAUUGGUAAGACUGAGAAGGUGAAAGAUAAGGAACCUGAAACUUCUGCAGCGACAUCGGAGGUACUCAAUCUGGAACAUUUGGAAAAUGCAGAUACUGCUAUAGACAAGGCCGGGAAACCUUCAGUUUCUAAAAGUCGGUAUACUUUCGAGACAGAAAAAGGUUCUGUGUCGCAGGGGAACAUCGACGGAGUACAGACGGAAAGUACACCUGGGACGACAGUGAAGACCUCUUUUGAAGGAAAUGAUGCCGUAAAUUGCAACUUCGAAGACAAACUUAAAACGAUGAACAUAAAUGGAGAGAGAUCGAGUCAAAGUUGUAUUACAAAUAUGGAAAAACCGACGACAAUCCAAAGACCGGCAAAUGAAAUUAUUGAAGGUAAUCUGGUUGCGUCUAGUGGCUCCAAUACGGAUGCUUCAAGACAGGAACCAUUAAAAACGAAUGGCAGUGGACUUACUGAAAAUCACGAUGUAGACCAUAUUUCUGGCAAAUCGCAAAAUUUUGGUCAUUCCGAAAAUGAAUAUGGGAAAAUUCAGCAAAUACAACAAGAAAAUGGUAACUCGAGUGACGAGCAUGUCACAGAACUAUAUUAUAGUAAUAUGAAUAACUCGAAUUCCAGUGCUUUAUCAAGGAAAUCUGUAAAUAAAUCAUCAUCAAAUAAUGUCGCCCCGAACAGAAACAUCGAUAUGAAUAACAAUGACGAAUUACCAGACAGGGAUAGGGAGCAACCGCGCUCAAGACCACACAAGUUACCGCUGGCCAGUAAUAACCCUGUAUUCACAUUCGCUUCCACGCCCCGUUCACCGCGGUCUAGCAAGAGAAAACUAUUGGACUCCCCUAUGGUCGAAAAUGUCGUUACUCCUAGUGCUGAGGCUGCACCGGAGGUUAUAGUAAGUUUGUCUGAAGAUACAAUGGUAAAGGAUCCUCCUGUCAAAAAUGGUGGGCAUACUCAGAGAAGUAGAGGAGUUUCACUGGACGAUGAUUUCUGUAAACUGUCAGAUGAUGAUAUUGAGGAGGAAGGUGAUGGAAUCCAGAAGCUUCUCCAGUCUAGUUUGAGCCCCCGUCAUUCCCCCACGCCUUCCCAUCAUCAGCUAAGGCAGAGUAUUCGAAGUAGUAUGCUGAAGGAGAUUCCUUCGCCAGUUAAAGAAAACGGCUACGACGCACAGAACUACCAAUCAGCAAAUCAUCUUGACACUCUUGACCAAUCAACGGCCAGCUCGUGGAGAUUUGACACGUCAGAUAGCAGUAACAGUUUCAAUCAUACUCAACAAAAUCUCGAAGACUCGCUAAACGACGAUACCUUCCCGAUUGUAACUCGGCAUAUUUCGGCAUUUGCCGAUAUCCCUAUGGUUGAUGAUAAUGACGAGGAUGGUCAUUCAGACUGUAGUGAUGACACGACAUACAGCACGUGGGGGGCGCCACCACCCCGAGAUUUGAGAGGAAACAAAUAUCAAAAUGAAAUGAAGCCUCCAGGCCAAGAACCCGAUCUCACGGCCACUAUAUGCAUAGAUCCACGUGAUGAUUGUGAUGUGUUUAGCCCACCGAUCAUUCUUGGAACUCCGAAUAAGGAAAACAACAGCGUAAUUUCCAACUUGUCAUCAAUGAAAUCUCCGACCAAAUACCAUGGCGUGAACCACCAAGAAAGUGAAGAGGAAUUAGAUUUAUUGUACGAUCCAUGUUUGAACUGUUACUUCGAUCCAAAGACACAUAAAUAUUAUGAACUCGCGUGAUCAAACAUUAAAAAGUUCAAAUUCAUGGUACCAAAAUGCCAAGAAAGAUGAAAUUAUUGUUAGGUUCAACUUGCCCAGACAUUUGUACUGUCUUUUUUAUGAUGUGUGAUUUGUGUAAUUACUGCAUAACCAAGAUAGGGUUAUGCCAUGUUCAUUUUAUCCUUAUUGUUCCCAGAGUUUUUUCAUGUCUUCUCCGAAUCAUAUAGGAACAAUUAAGGUUGUUGUGCUUGCUCUAUAUAAGACGAAUAGAAUAU